CGGAAUUUCUGCUUGGGCACCAUGAGAAAUGCCUCGCAACAAGCACUAUGGCUGAUCCUCUGGUCCAAUUUGGCGACUUGUUCCGACGCCAAGAGAACGGGAUUAACUCAAGGGAGGUUUUUAGCCUUUCAAAGGAGUUCCGGAGCGUUGAUACGGACUUUUGCCGGUUGCCGGGCAACGGUACUGCCUUGAUGGAUUGUUCACAAUCGUCGUCUCCCGUACUAAGCCGUAUCCACAGUACGAGGAGUCCGGGGAUCACGCUGCCGUUGAUUUCCUCACGACAACUCGCUCAAGAAGGAAUCGCGUACCAGGUUCCGGCAUCGACCUCGUCGUCAUCAUCGCUGCCGUUGUGGCAUCUAGCACUGGCCGGAAGUCUGGCUACGCUUCUGGCGGAUUCGUUGACGCAUCCCGUAGACUGCAUCAAAACCAUCCAGCAGAGUGAUGCCGGCAUGGGCUUGUCGCUGGUUGCCGCCGCUUCGUAUCUCUGGUCUUCCGCGGGGAUUGUGGCAUUCUAUCAAGGCUUUCUGACGUAUGGUUGUACGGAUGCCGUCGGGGGAGCCAUCAAAUUCACCGUCUUUGAAUCAUGGAAUCGGGCAAUCGCUAGCAGUGUUGGUGCCGACCGACGGAACGAGAGCCUUCGGGACCGUUUAGACACGAUCCCUCCAGUACUGAUACGGGCCGCGGGAGCCGCCAUGGCCUUGAUAGCGAGCUCGGUUGUUACCGUCCCGGGAGAAUUUGUCAAGCAGCAACUCCAAGUGGGACACUACUCGAGCUUAUCCGAAGCUCUGCAAUCCGUGUAUCUCACUAGUGGCUUACCAGGUUUCUUUCACGGUUAUGAUGGUGUGGUGUAUCGAGAUAUACCCUUCACCAUGCUCGAGCUCGGUCUCUACGAUGCCUUCAAGAACAUGGUCCGUCAAACACGUAGUUCUACCGAUCCGGGCCCUCCGGCAGCGUGGGAAGAUGUUGUUGCCGCCGCCGCGACUGGAUGUGUGGCGGCAGUCGUCACGACACCACUCGAUACCAUCAAAACGAAGCUCAUGGUGGAUGAUUACGGUGGGGCUUCGUUUUUUGAUUGUUUCGCGUCCACCGUGGAACAGCACGGUGUGUGGAGUUUGUUUGCUGGAUUGUUGGCACGCAUUGCCUGGAUUGGGCCGUCGACGGCUAUUUACUUGCCCACCUACGAUUUGCUCAAGCGACUUUUUGCGGCACAGCAAGCGCGGGAGCAAUCGUCAGACGUGUUGAGCUGUAACACUAUGGAUGAUUUCCCGCUUUGAGCACCUUUUGAAAAACUACCGCAACGAAACAAAAGCACGCUGCUUUCUACGAAUGGAUCGCUAUUCAAAUUGUAAUUUUACUUAAAACACAACUAGGCUUUU